AUGAAAAAUUAUUUACCAUCCAAUUCUUUUCCUUCACUCUGCAGCGAUUCUCAUUUAACUAUAUACUAACAAUAAUAAAACCCUAUACAUGUUACUUUUACUCAAGCAUCUUCCAUGAGUAAACUUAUUAAGUUAGUUGGGGGAACAAAGUCGUCAUAAAAGGUUAGACUUUUUGAUCAUAAAUGUUAAGAAAUUUUUGAAGAAGAUUUAAAAUAUUUGAAAUAUAAUGGUAAGAUAUUCGUAACAACUAAUGGCAAAAAGCCAGAUAGUAAAUACAUACUUUUUGAGCACCUACCUGUGACUCUUAUUUGUAAAGGAGGUUAAGCAACAAUUAUGCUUAUUCAACAUAAAGUUACUAAUGAAGAGAAAAUAAUUAAGUUUAUUAGUGAGGAAUAAAAAAAUUAAUAUUUAUACAUAGCAAGAGAGGCUGUGAUUUUAGAACUGUUAAAACAUAAAAACAUAGUGAACUUGUAUGGGUAUAAAUUAUUCCCUGAAAAAUCAGAAGCAGUCUUAGAAAUGGAAUAUUUAAAAGGAGAAACCUUAUUAGAUUUUGUCUUAUAAAACGGACCAUUAAAUGAAAAAAUAGCCAGGCAUUUAUUCAUUUAGAUUUUAGAUGCAGUAUCAUAUAUGCAUAAAAACAAUGUCAUUCAUAGAGAUCUAAAAUUGGAAAACAUUAUUUUUAUUGAUAAUAAUAAUUUUUAAAUUAAAAUUAUAGAUUUUGGCUUAGCCUAUUUGUCAGGUACUGGUGUACCAUUUGAUGAGCCUUUGAAUGUUGGAACCAUUCUUUAUAUAGCUCCUGAAAUAUUAUCAGGAAAGCUCAAAAAAAUUAACUUUUGUCUGGACAUUUGGGCAUUAGGAAUUCUUUUGUAUUAUUUAAUUUUUGGAGAGUAUCCUUUUUACGGGAAAAAUAAUGCAGAGAUAUUCAUAAUGAUAAGUUAAGGAACAUACAAAUUUCCUAGACAAGUAAGUUUUGAGUUAGUAACUUUGAUCAGAGAGUUAUUAAAUCCAAAUCACGAAAAUAGAAUCAAAUUAUAAGAUGUAUAGAAGCAUAAAUGGGUUUAAGGAGUGCUUUAGGAUAAUUUACACAUUACCAUCCCAUUCUCAGAUUUGGAAACAACAUCAAAAGAACAACGCUAUAAUGAAAUUUCAUAAGGGCGAAACUAUAAUUGUGAAAAUUAAUCAAGAAAAUAGGAAGAAAAAUUUAUUUUACCUUUAAUUUGUAAAUAGAAUUAUGAAAAUUGA